UCAAUGUCGAAUUCAUGGCACGGCUUGAAAGUUGAAACUUGAAAGUCUUCAAACCAAUUUCCAGCAAAGCCAAACAAUUCAUACAAGACAAUACGAGUAUAUUAUAAAGUUGAUUCUAGGUUAUACACUUAUUUCGUUGAAUUAGAUAUUUUUACUCAUUGCAUUGUAAAAAUAAAUAAACAAAAAUGGAUAAAAGCAAAGAAAAAGAGGAGCAAAGUAUCAUGGAUAAAUCCAUGAGAUCCGUGUUCGUCGGUAAUAUACCUUACGAGGCGACGGAAGAAAAAUUAAAAGAUAUCUUCAGUGAAGUCGGUCCGGUUCUGUCUUUCAAGUUGGUAUUUGACAGAGAGACCGGCAAACCUAAGGGAUAUGGAUUCUGUGAAUACAAAGACCAAGAGACUGCCCUCAGUGCUAUGCGAAAUCUUAACGCGUACGAAAUUGGAGGACGAUCACUUCGAGUGGACAAUGCUUGUACUGAAAAAUCUAGAAUGGAAAUGCAAGCUUUAAUGCAAGGACCACAGAUAGAGAAUCCAUAUGGAGAACCUUGUGAGCCAGAGAAAGCUCCUGAAGCUAUCAGCAAGGCUGUAGCCACACUCCCACCAGAGCAAAUGUUUGAACUGAUGAAGCAAAUGAAGCUUUGUAUACAGAACAACCCUAAUGAAGCCAGGAACAUGCUGCUGCAAAACCCUCAGCUAGCUUAUGCCCUGCUGCAGGCUCAAGUGAUCAUGAGGAUUGUGGACCCAGCCACUGCUGUUAGUAUGUUGCAUCCCAGUAACCCACUGCCGCCAUUACUGCAGCCUGGUGACAAGCCUCCACCAUCCAACCCAUACAUACCUAGCAACCCACCACCAAAUCAGCCUCCGCAGAUGCCUCCACUUCUUGCUGCUCCAGUGCCUCCGCCGAAUCAAUAUCCUCUGCAGUUUGAAGGGACUAUCUCUGCCUACCCAACCACUCGUCCUGUUGCAGCGCGCCCCGCGCUGGGCGACGUGGACCUGCGCGGGUCGCGCGGCGCGGCGCCGCUGCUGGACCAGGACAUGCGCAGCCUGCCGCCCGCGCCGCACCCCGUGCCGCCGCCGCAACACCACGCGCAGGACACUGGUUUCCCUCGCGAUCCACGGCUAGCCAGCAUGCAGACGCAGUCCUUCAACUCGGACCCGCGCGUUCGGCCCAACGAUCCUCGUACGCAGCAGAAAAUACAACAAAUGCCGCCCGGUAUGCCGAGCGCAGCUCAGGCUCGAACUAUCCAGGGUAUACCUUCAGGUGCCUCCGAUCAAGAGAAGGCUGCCCUUAUCAUGCAAGUGCUGCAACUAUCCGACGAGCAAAUCGCUCUGCUGCCGCCUGAACAGCGAGCCAGUAUCCUCAUGCUCAAAGAACAAAUUGCUAAGAGCACUCAACAGCGAUAAUUAAUAUAUCACGUUCCAUUAUUUGAAUACUUUUUUUUGCCAGUCACUACACCAUGGUAAAUUUUCCCUGGCAUAUAUACUAUUUUCAUAAAAGAAAAUUAAUAUUCGACAAUGGAAGCUUAAAAAUGUUUUUAUGUUAUCAUCAUAUAAGCUACUUUUUGCUAUCUAAAUAAAGAUAUGAAAUUGGAAGUAUCGAGUAACGAAAUAUGAGACUCCAAGCUCGUUCGUAAGACUCCAAUCGCAUUUAAUAAAAAAAUAUUGAAACAAGAA